AUGUUGGUGGUGAACAAGCCCCCAGGCAUCCCAAUGGGCGGCGAUGAAGCCAUCUACGGUCGCACCAUAGAGUCUCUGGCGUACGACUACAUGAAAGCUCGCGGCAUCUUCGACGAGGCACAUGAACAGCUGCAGCAGGCGAGGAAGCGAAAGAAGCAGCUCAAGUUUGUGCAUCAGCUGGACUUCGGUACGAGCGGGGUGCUGUGCUUGGCCUUCACAAAAGACAUGGCCGCGCGGCUUGCUCACUGCUUUGAGAUGCGCACCGUUCGGAAGUACUACAUUGCACUGCUGCACGGGCACGUGCCAUGUGAGACGGCACCGCCGGAAGCGGGUGCCUUGUGUGACCAGUCAGGCUCCACUUGCGCGCCUGAUACAGUGGCACGUCAAUCGCCGUUUGUUGUGUGGGUGAAUGGAUGCAACAAGGCAUGGGAAGGCUUGGGCUGCGUCCGGGUGGUUUGCUCUUCUUCGCGCGAAGGUGCCCCUGCGAACUCAGCGGAUAGCGAAGAGUUGGAAAGGCUCCGGCACCUUCUGCAGCAGCCGCUGGAGCCGGCAUUGGAGGCGGCGGCGCUGUUAAAUGUGAAGGGUGCGGCGAAGGACAGACCUGCGACUGUGGUGCAUCGGUAUCGCUCUAGUCGAAGCACUGUGCCAUCGCUGACGACUACAACACUGGAGGAUCUUGCGCCUGUACCGGCAGACGCGGUGGAGGACCUCAUCUACCGCACACUGUCAGAGAACGCCGCAUCACACUCUGUCAUCAAUGUUGACUUGCCAGUGGGCUACGAUUCGACUGACCCCGAGCACCUCCGCAUGGCUGUCAUGGCAGAGCACAGCCGAGGCGCUAAAACAAGCUUGUUGGUGCUGAAGCGCACCUACUUGGCAGCACCUCCACCGGCGGAGAGCGAAGCACAAUCGUGUGACACACUCACUCAGGGUUUCGCCUCUGCUACUCGCUAUCCAGUGACGCUGGUACUGCUCGCCCCCCACACGGGCCGACGUCAUCAGCUUCGUGUGCACUGCCGCGCCAUCGGCUUCCCUAUUGUUGGGGACACGUUGUACUGCACUGACUUGCCGUGGUGUGCCGCUUUGCCGCUAGGACCAUCCGCGUCAACAUGGACGACUGUUGAAGCGCGACGCAUGUAUCUGCAUGCAUGGCGACUGCUGCUGCCCGGCACGGCGGCACGCCAUCUCGAUGAAACUGAACGGGUGGCGCUCAAGAAGAAGCGACGUCGCGAGACUUUGGGACUAUCGGAGCAAGGCAACGCCUCCGUGUCUGCGAGCCGCGACGAGUGGACGGAAUUUAUCGCCUCGGUGAGCUUUUCUGGAUUAGACCUGGAGGAGGCAGAGGAGCGGGGGAUGUGA